AUGCAUGCAUCUCCUGCACACCCUGGGUGGCCAAAAGGUCGACAAGAUGUUGCCAUUUUCAAUGUCAAUAGUGCGCAUGAUUGGCCUGAGCCAGGGUUAAUGGGUCAUGCUGUCUGUGAACUGCAACUUAUCAUGCACCCAAUACCUCGACGAGGCUCACAUAUUACAUGCUUCAAGAUUGGUGUGGUUGAUCCUGUCACCAAAAUGCACACAUUGACAUGCACAAAACAUGUCAAUGGUACUCUGGUGGGAGAUAUCGUUCCUCUAACACAAAUUCAAGCAUUCAUCAGCAUCAUCCCAAAACUUGGUGCUGCAGUGGAUCCUAGUGGAGGGAGCGCUUGCUUAAUAACUAUUCAGACAGACAGCUCAACAGGCUUCCUGCCCGAGGGUGGUUGCACCUAUGAUCUUGUCAAAGACUUACUUAGAUCAGAGCUCAAAGGCUAUGUCAUCUUCGAGGCUGACCUGAACAUCAAGAAUAAUGCUAGCCUUUUCCACCAACUUGUUCCUGAAUCUUCAUUGAAGACCAGACAUAUUGAACAGAUCAAAUAUUAUGGUCGAACUAAUGGACCACUGGUAUAUCUUCAAGGAAUGUGGAACUUCGAUCACAAAAAAAGGCCUAAACUCACUGAUCAGAACAACAACUCUGGGUCAGGCAACUUGGAUGAUGAAUCUGGUACCAGCACAGAUAUUGUUGACACAGAUGCUGAGGCCUUGGAUUCUGAAUGUUCAGGGAUAAUCUCCCAGAACAUGGAUGGCACCUGGAGUCGUGAUGAAUAUGAUGGCACUGCAGAACCAGGAUCAAAGAGGGGAUACGUCCUGAGCUUUGUCAAGCAUAUGACCUCUGACUUCAGCAAGAGGCAUGACUUAGGAGUGUACUGGGGGUCUGCCACUAAAUCAUAUCUCAUCAUGCAAGAACAGCCCUGGCAUCACUUCAUCCUCUCAUUCUCUAUCUGUGCAGAACAGCUUCAUGCCCAUUAUUGCGACCACUCAGGCCUCAUCAUAACUCUUCUGACUCCCAUCCAAUCCUCACCCUCUUGUGUUGCUGAUGCAAUAGCUGCUCUCUUGUUAGGAGAUCUGAGUCUCUUGGAUCUCAACCCCACAAUCCAUAUGUGCAUCCCUUCUUGCAAGGGUACUCACACCAACCUAGCAGUGGGGGCGAUCAGUUGGGUAACUAACAAUUCUAAUAACAGGUACUCAAUUAUGGCUGUUCUGUGGAAGAGCCAGGGUCUAUUUUGUCAUGGAAUGGCUUGCUACCGUGUUCGGGAUCCUGUAGAUGGGGAGUACAUGAUGAAAGAUUGUUGGGUCGCUGAGGUGAAGAGAUACCAUGAAGUGGAUGUCCUUGAGAGGGUCAAGGGCAUCCCUAAUGUGGUCCAACUUGUAGACCAUUGGGAUGUCCAAUUCAAUGGGGAGCCUGACUGCACAGCCCACAUUUUGGAUGGAUAUGGUGCCCUGCUUGGCAACAGGCUGGACAAGAGGUUCUGUAACAGGUAUUACCAACACCUUCUCUUGACCCCAUGUGGAGAUCCAUUAUGGGAUUUCAGCUCCAGAAAGGAGCUGAUUUGCACCUUUCGUGACUUUGUGGUUGCUCAUGAAGCAAUGAUCCAACAAAGAGUUCUACAUGGAAACCUUAGCCCAAACAACUUUGUAAUUUCUGAAGGCAUCGGUUAUUUCAUUGAUUUUGAUCAUGUGUCAAUCAUAAAGGAGGGCAAGACAUUCACAGUUUCAUUUGGUACUGGAACUGUACCAUAUAUUUCUAUGCACAUCUUGAAAAAAAUGUCCAAGAACACUGACAUCGUCAAGAAGUCAAAGACAACCAUCAAUGCAAAAAAGAGCAAUAGCAACACCAACAGCAUUGCUCAGCUGGAACUGGUUGAGCACAACUCUGGUGACAACCUUGAGUCUCUUUUUUACAUUUUGUUCAAAUUUGUUUCCAAGUAUGGCAGGGCACAUGGUACACUCACUCCAACUUGGGAUAAGACAACUAUACUGUGGGCAGAUGCCUAUGAAAAUUUGGGUGCUACAAGCACUUUGGUCACCCCAUUUUAG